AUUUUAGAGCACUACCGACAAUAUAUAUUACCUAUUAUACAUCACAGCGUAGCUAGAAGACUUGGUGUACGCUGCUUCAUGAAAACUCAAAAUUCUGAUGGCUAUAUGUUGGAAUAUUUUGACGAUUGUAUUGAUUAUAUUCUAGAAAUUCAAUGGAAUCCAAACUCUAAUACAGCAGAAGGAGAUGUACGGAUGGAGUGUUUUCAUAUGAGAAAGGGACCUGAUCUACAAUACCCUGCAAACAUUAACAGAAUCAGACGUUUCUUUCAUUAUGACGGACAGAUACAGGAUCCAUUACAUGAUAUAUCAGAGAUGAUUAGAGCUUUCAAACUCAAACUACAGAAUGGCAACAAUCGUUCCACUAUAUUUUACACUGAGAAAUUUAAUCAAAUAAUACCUAUCUUAUUACAAAGUUUCUAUGAGCUAAAUAUUGAAGAACGAACAGAUAAAGAGUACAGAAUCAUUUCACGUUCAAUAAAGAAUAUAACAGAAAUCCGAAAGGAACAAAUACAACCAAAAAGAAGAUGUAAAAAAAUUAAAUUUACAAUUGGUAUGAUCGUAAAUAUUCAUACAUGUUUAGCGAAACAGUUGGCUGUUUUGCACAGCGAAAUUAAUUGUCAUACUGGCGUGAUAAUUGGUUGGCAUUAUAUCUGCAAAUCUAACUUUGUAAAAAAAGAUAUGGAUUUUUUAGUCCCACAUUUGACUGAAUGCAAAGAUCCUGAUCUUGCGUUUUUAGACGACGAUUUGUUUUGUAUAUGUAGAUGUGAAAAGAGCAAGAUACGCACUAAUAUUCAUUCUAAACCGCAUUAUAUAAUUCUCGCCGAAAAUAAUAAAUUAUGUUAUUUGCCACAAGAUACUCUAUCAAUAUGUCCACCUAAAUGCAUCGAUAAUUUUGAAAUAGGGCGAUAUUUUUCUAAAUUUGAAGGUACUCAUUACGUACCAAAUGAAAACCUGGCAAAAGAAUAUCCAAAGGAUACUGCUGCUAUUCAUGAUAUACUUCCCAGUAUCUCUCAGCAAUGUGCAUAA